CUUCACCGACACGGAGGGGCCGCUCCGCUCCGGCACCAGUGAGGCUGUGGCUGUAAGUGCUCAUCCCUUCCCCUUCUCCACGGUUCCUGCCUACCACUAGCAGGUUCCCAGCACCGCACAGCCAUGACAACCUCGGCGCUGCGCCGGCAGGUGAAAAAUAUUGUGCACAACUACUCGGAGGCAGAGAUCAAGGUGCGGGAGGCCACCUCAAAUGAUCCCUGGGGACCCCCUAGCUCCCUGAUGUCAGAGAUUGCUGACCUCACCUUCAACACGGUGGCCUUCGCUGAGGUCAUGGGCAUGAUCUGGCGGCGGCUGAACGACAGCGGCAAGAACUGGCGGCAUGUCUACAAAGCCCUCACCCUCCUGGACUACCUCAUCAAAACUGGCUCCGAGAAGGUGACUCACCAGUGCCGGGAGAACCUCUACACCAUCCAGACGCUGAAGGAUUUCCAGUAUGUGGACCGUGAUGGCAAGGACCAGGGCAUUAAUGUCCGUGAGAAGGUGAAGCAGGUGAUGGCGCUGCUGAAGGAUGAGGAGCGGCUGAAGCAGGAGCGAGCGCAUGCGCUGCAGACCAAGGAGCGCAUGGCCCUGGAGGGCAUGGGCAGUGGCAGCCACCAGCCCUACAGCCGCCGCACUUCACCCUACACGGAUGACUACGGCCGAGCACGGGGUUCGCCCUCCUCCUUUAACUCAUCAUCCUCAUCCCCACGGUUCACCUCUGACCUGGAGCAAGCAAGACCGCAGACGACAGGUGAGGAGGAGCUGCAGCUUCAACUUGCCCUGGCCAUGAGUCGGGAGGAGGCAGAGAAGAAGCCACUUCCUCCACUCUCCAGCACAGAUGAAGAAAGGCAAUUGCAGCUAGCGCUCGCGCUAAGCAGAGAGGAGCACAAGAAGGAGGUAAGGGCUUGGCAAGGAGAGAACUCCAUAAUACAGAAGCCCAUGGAGGAGACUUCACAGGGCAGGGAGGAAGAAGAAGAUAGGAUGAAGAAAAGCCAGUCGUCUAUCUUGGAGCUAGCAGAUAUCUUUGGGCCAACAGCAGCUCCCUCCAGCCACACGUCUUCUGACCCAUGGGAUAUGCCAGACAUGAAAGCCAAAGCGGAGCCAGCAGCCUCUGCCUGGGCUUGUGCAGCUGACCCUUGGGUGCCCAUCCCAGCUGCUGGUGGGGAGCCCCUCUCCCAGGCGAGUGCCUCGUCCCAGCAACCCUCCACUGGACCCUGGGAUUUCCCUCCUGGCAACACUGCAGCCUCUGACCCUUGGGGGAAGGUGCCCUUGUCUUCUGGCUUCCCUCCUGCAGACCCCUGGGUUGCAGCAUCCCCUCCCACCCAGGUCUCUGGUUCUACACCAGCUGUUGACCCUUGGGCCGCUGUGGCUGAGCAACCUCCUAACCCCGCUCCAGGGGCAGACACUUUUGACCCAUUUGCAAAGCCAUCUGAGCUGCUGGAGCAGGAGCCCUCACAGCUGCCUUCCUCAGCCAAAUCGAACAGCCCUGUUGAGCUGGACCUGUUCAGCGACCUGUUCCCUGGCACCAGGCAGGAUGAGGCAAAGAGCUUUGAUCUCACCAACCUGGCCAACUCCUUGCCUGAAUCUGGCAAGGAGCGGAAGGACUGUAAAACCCCCGAGGCCUUCCUUGGUCCUGCUGCUUCCUCCCUGGUCAACCUGGACUCCUUGGUUGCCCCUACACCAGCGUCCAAGACACGCAACCCCUUUCUCUCAGGUCUGAGCACACCAUCCCCAACCAACCCCUUCGGCCUCACUGAGCAGCCCAAGCCGACGCUCAACCAGAUGCGGACCAGCUCACCAGUGCCCGGCCUGCCUGCUGGCCCCCCUGCCAAUUCCAUGACCUACAGCACCUCCCUUCCACUGCCCCUCAGCAGUGUCCCAGCUGCCGCCACAGCCCUCCCUGUCUCUGCCAGCGCCUUCCCCCAAGCCAGCACUUUCCCUGAACUUCCCAACAGCUUGCCGCAGCCCUUACUGCCGCUGAGUGGGUCUGCAGCCCCGCCAUCUGCUCCGGGGGGACUCAACCCCUUCCUCUGAAGCCUCUGGAUGUGUAGACUGGCCCCUUCCCCAGCUGUUACAGAUUUCCCCUGGCCUUUUUUCCCACCGAGGCUGAGGGGAGCCAGUGGCUCACUAGCUGCAAUGAAGGGUGUCCCCUAUGCCAGCCCCUCUCUGUGCACGUUGGCUGGGGGCACCAGCAUGAGCUCAUGUGUUUGACCAGCAAGAGGGGGACCCCCUUCCGCUGCAAGUAGCUGCGUUGGGGCCACGGCAGGGCCCAUCGUAAGGGCUGAGAUUUGGGGAGCUCUGGUGCAGUGGGCUGGGCUAAUACAUGGGGUCUCGCUGAUGGAUGGGUCCCCCACGGUGGGGGGCUUUGGCCCGGGAC